UCAUCUUUUCACCCUCUCUCUCUCUCUCUUUCUAUCUCUCCCUCCAUAGCCAAAAACAUAACUUUUUCAACAUAUCAUUCAUACCAUCUUCUUCUCAUCUUACACGACUUUGCAACAUAUAUUAUAUAUUGAAUCACACUAGAACUUAUCUUUUGCUUUUGUUUUUUUAUUCAAUUUGAAUGGAGGGUCAUCAUCUCCAUCAUCAUCAACAACAUCAACAACAACAACAACAUCAUCAACAACAACAAAGACAACAACAACAACAACAACAACAUCAACAACAUGCUCAUAACAUCAUAGGUACUAGUAGUGUUAACGUUGAUGUCACAGAUAGAUUUCCUCAAUGGAGCAUCCAAGAAACAAAAGAGUUUCUUAUGAUCCGUUCUGAUCUUGAUCAAACUUUCAUGGAGACAAAGAGGAAUAAGCAACUUUGGGAAGUUAUCUCUAACAAAAUGAAGGAAAAGGGUUAUCAUAGAAGUGCUGAACAGUGUAAGUGCAAAUGGAAAAACCUUGUUACUCGCUAUAAGGGAUGUGAAACAAUGGAGCUAGAAGCUAUGAGACAACAAUUUCCAUAUUACAAUGAGCUUCAAGCUAUAUUUAGUGCAAGGAUGCAAAGAAUGCUUUGGGCUGAAGCAGAAGGAGGGUCAAAGAAGAAAGGGAUGCAUGUGUCUUCUGAGGAUGAGGAAGAGUUGGGAAAUGAAGAGAGUGAGGGAGACCACAAAGGAAACAUUAAGAAAAAGAAGAAAAAGGGUAAAAUGGUAAUUGGUGGAGGAAAUGAUAGUGGUAGUACUAGCAAUAAUUUGAAGGAGAUUCUUGAGGAGUUUAUGAAGCAACAAAUGCAAAUGGAAGCUCAAUGGAUGGAAGCAUUUGAGGCAAGAGAGAAUGAGAGAAGGUUGAAGGAAAUGGAAUGGAGGCAAACAAUGGAAGCAUUGGAGAAUGAGAGGAUAAUGAUGGAACAAAGAUGGAGAGAAAGGGAAGAACAAAGAAGGGUUAGAGAAGAAGCUAGGGCUGAAAAAAGAGAUGCAUUAAUCACUAUUCUUCUUGAUAAGCUCACAAGAGAAGACAUGUAGAUGUUUCUUUGGUUAGUUUUUUUUGAACAAGCCAAAAUCAGAUAUAUUAACAUAAUCAUCCUCCCCAGCACAAGAUGUACCGAGGUAGACUACAAAAGUUUAUAAAGAGUCAGAGAAACCGAAAACAUAAGCAAUAGCUAACUUUUGUAUUGUUUCUCUUCUUCUCAUCAAGCAAGACUUAGGUUUUUGAGGUUUGUUCUAUGAACUCUCAAUUUAUUACUUGGAGAUAACUUUAUGAUCAAUUAUAUAGUAGUUUAGACAUUUUGUUAUGGAUUUUGAAUCAUCUGCGGUUGCUACAAUCUUACAACACUGUUGAUUUUUAAGUUAGAUUCGAGUUUGAAAUUUCUAUUUCGUUGAUCUAA